GGCGCCUGCCCUGCCCCUUCGCUUGCAGAGGUCCGACUUCCUUUCCACGUGAUUCCUAGUGUCCUCUAGGACUUACCCAGCAGGCAAAGUGCCCGUCUCUCCAGAUCAAGAUGGCGACGCGAGUACCUACUGUAGCAUCAAGCCAAUGGCUCCAGAGUCUUCGAAAAUGGUAUUACAAUGCUGCAGGAUUCAACAAACUUGGUUUAAUGCGUGAUGACACACUUUAUGAAGAUGAAGAUGUUAAAGAGGCCAUAAGGAGGCUUCCAGAGAAUCUGUAUAAUGAUCGAAUGUUUCGUAUCAAGAGAGCUCUGGACCUGACCAUGAGGCAGCAGAUCUUGCCUAAAAACCAGUGGACAAAAUAUGAAGAGGACAAAUUAUACCUUCAACCAUAUCUGAAAGAGGUUAUACGUGAAAGAAAAGAGAAAGAAGAAUGGAAUAAGAAGUAAUCAUGUCAAAGGAAUCUAUUAAUAUUAAUCCUCAAAAUAUUUUUUAAAUAAGUAUGGUUGUGCAAAGUAUAAGGGUAGCUAACCAUUUAUAACUGUGUGCUACAAAUUAAUUUAAUUUAAAUAAAUGACUAUCAUAGGAACUUGUAAACUACAAAACUUUGCAUCACAAUAUCCUGAAAUUCACUGCAUUCACAUUAAAUUAGUGUUAUAUAA